AUGCCAUAUCCCACCCUCCUCACGCCAACCCCGUCCACCCUGAGGCCACACUGCCUUGCUAGGGAACGCCUCGUAAAGUGGAAGCCCAUGCUAGCAACUGAAGCAAGCGAAGAGGGAAUCUCGGAGAAGGACCUGGAGAGGGUUGGCCAAGUGUUGGGUUUGAGCUGGGAAGAGAGCACAAAGACCACGUACGGUAGUGGUCUGCUGGCGUUCCACGUCUUUUGUGACAAGAGGAAGGUCCCAGAAGAAAAACGAGCACCGGUGUCCAACAACGUGCUGGCGGCGUUCAUCGCUACCAUGGCAGGAGCAUACUCGGGCAAAACCUUGCGGAACUACGUCCACGGCAUUCGGGCGUGGCACCUCCUGCACAGGGUGGAAUGGUUAAUGAGGGAGGACGAGGUAGAGAGGUUGCUGAAGGCGGCGGAUAAAUUGACUCCAACGUUGUCGAAGAAACAGCCGAGAGAACCAGUAACGCCAGCAUACAUGGUGGCAGUGCGGAAUCACAUGGAUCUCAACGACUCGCUCGACGCGGCGGCUUACGCCUGCCUGACGACAUGCUUCUAUGCCACGGCGCGCCUCGGGGAAUUCACGGUCGAGAGGAUCACGGACAAGAUAGAUCCCUCACGGCAUGUAACACCAAAGCACCUAUCCGAGACAACGGAUCGCAACGGCAACACCGUCAUCACCCUUCGAAUACCAAGAACCAAAGUGUCUGACGACGGGGAAGACGUCUACUGGGCCAAGCAGAACGGCGAAACGGACCCAAUGGCGGCGCUGGAGAAUCAUCGAAGAGUGAAUCAACCGGCAGACGACGAGCACCUGUUCACCUAUCGUGAUACGAGAGGAAAGCGACGGCCCUUAUCCAGCAAGGGUUUUCAGCAGCGAAUAGCCGCAGCUGCACGUGCAGCAGGCUUAGAGCCCAUACCAGGCCACGGUCUCCGAAUUGGGUCGACGCUGGAGUAUUUAUUGCGAGGGAUGCCUUUCGAGACGAUGAAAGCGAAAGGGAGAUGGGCCGGAGACUCCUUCCAGCGAUAUCUCCGAAAGCACGCACAAGUGGUAGCACCAUACAUUCAGGCUGUUCCCGAGGUUCACGAAGACUUCGUGGGGAUCAUAGCAGAUUCUGGCAACGUGCCGCAAGCAGGUAUGAGCAGUUGCCAGUCAGUCUUUCCUAAUGUUUGGGAGCCGAGACUCACUCGUCGCGUCAAGACUAAUUAG